UGAGCAUGAAUCUGUCGAUUGUGGUUAAUUUUUUACGGGUUCAUGAGCAAAAUCUCAAUAUCUUUUACUGACCCAAAAAGUAAAUCAUGAUUUUAAGUAAAAGGGUAUGUGAAAAAUCAAAACUUUAGGAAUUGGAAACAAAAUCAAAGACACCCAUUAAUGGGGUACAGUUGUUUAUUAAGUGUGUGAAUAAUGAAGAACAAAAAAUAAGAUUAGGAGAGUUAUCAAUUAUAUCACUGUCCCAAAAUUAAUUUUUGAAGAAUGCAAAAGUACUGGACUCCAUGAAAGUUUCAUUUGAUUGAGGAAGGUCAGGGCAUGUAUUACACUAGUUUCUAAUUUCCUACUGUUAUUCUAUAUUAUAGAUAUGCAAAAGUAGCAUGGGAUAGUUUGAAAUGUAUGAACUCAUUUUGACCUCUAUGUAAUAUGUUUUAUAUUUAGAUAAAUGUUUCUGUUUUGCGUUAUAUUGAUGCAUAUCACUGACUAAGAAUUAUUCAUAAAUAUCAAUAUGAUACGUAAUCACGAAGAGUAAAGGGCGUGAAUUCUGAAUUUGUGUUUCUUAAAUUUGCCAAUUUUGUCUUUUCUCUCUCCCAUACAAGUACAAAGGAUGCAUGGCUAAGAUUAAACAUGUAGUUCUAUGUUAAUGCUAUGAAAGUAAGUUUUAGUAUUUGUUUUUUGACAUUAUUAAGGUUUUGUUGUUUUUGACAUAUUUGAUUGUCGUUGUUGAUAUGGAGGAUAGUCUGACUUUGAUUACUAGAGUUGGAGAAAGACCUAGAUAAACUAUUAAGGAAGAUUUAAUGAGUUGGACCGAAAUAUGGUUUAUGAUAAAACAUUAUGGCGUAAUUUGUUCAGGUAGCCGACUCCACUUAGUGGGAUAACACUUGGUUGCUUCUGUUAUUGCUGUUGCUCUUGAUGUGCCCAAAUGAGCCAAAUAGUUGUAGUUCAUUGUUUAUUUGUUGUUGAUAUCGUAAUGGUAUGUGGUAUUGCUUUUUGAUGGUGACUGAUAGUUGAUGUUGUUAACAUGAUAAGUGUUAGAUUUCUAGAAUCUAUUCUAUGAGAGUUAGUUAGAGAUAUUCAAAGAGUAUAAGAAUGUUUGAACUUUGUUUUUCAUUAACUGAAUAUUGAAUUAGUUAGUUACAUGCUUGAUCAAUCUAUAUAUAGAAUUGAUCCUAACCGGCUUACCGGUUGCUAGUGACUGUCAUUUGUCAGUCACUUAGCUACAUCUUGCUACAACUGUCAUUUGACAGUUAGAUAGUUAUAAAGCUAACCUAUAGUGCACUGCAAGCUCCUUAAGUUAUUCCUUUAAUAAUAAGUUAUAAGUUAUUCCUAUAAUAAUAAGUUAUUUUGAUAAAUUAGUCUAAACACUUUAGAAGGGCUUGUGUGACGGCCCAAAUAAGUCUUCUAGAUGGACGCCCUCAUAGUCAAUAAAUUGGACAUUCAAGGAUUCUUAUUUCACUUUUCGGAUCAACCUUCCAAUGGCAGAUAGUGGAGUGUUAAAAUUCCACUAUGCUACAGUGCCAUAGUGCCACUAUAGGCGCUAUUCGAUAACAUUGUAUACUAAAUAGCAUAUCGCAGAACAACAGCGGUUAGUCCGCUACGCUAUAUCGCUAUAGCGUCUCUGUAGCUGAUAUUUAACAACAUUGUAGCUACUUCAAGGAUGUAGUAAAGUUAUUAAUGCAAACACUAGGUGAUAAAAAAACCAGAAAGGUUUUGAACAAUGUUGUAUACUUGUUUAAUGUUGGAGGCAAAAUUACUUCUGGCCUUCACAAUCAAAAAUCUAAUGUCUCUCAGUCAUACCAGAUACAAUCUGUCAAAACGGUGAUAGACAAUUGGACCAAUACACUGAAAGAUGUUUACACUCUAGGAGGUAGGAAAAUUGCUUUUCAAAAUGCACUUGCAGAGCCUUUGGGUUGUGUCCCAAAAGCUACAACAAUGAAUACUCAAAUGGGCGGUGGCUGCGAUGAACUACUAUCGGCUAGCAACGUGUAGAUAACACAACAUAGCUCUAUCAGUAGAAUUGAAGAAAUUAGAAAGCACGUUACCAGGAUUCAAGUAUUCAAUAUUUGACUACUAUAAUAAACUUCAAGACAAAAUCAAGAAGCCUUGCAAAUCUGAAUAUAAUUUAAUGAAGGACAACAUGCUUUGGAAGUGUAGCAUAUAGAGCUUCUGGGUCUGGAGGAGGAUUUACUAGAGGAGAAAAUUUUGAGGUGUGUGAAAGGUGGAAAGCAUUGUGUGCUUCUCAAAUUGUGUUUUCGUUAAUGUUGUUAUUCUGGUGCAUCAAAUAACACUGUUUGGGAUCCUAGCUCAGUUGUAAUUGAAGGAACCACAUCCCUCAGUGGGGUGGGAAAGCAUAUUCGACUAUGUACAACGCAUAUUUUUCUUCAACCGUAUAUGGUGUCAGCUGCAAAGAAUCAUUCCGUUUAUCUUUCGAUGGCUACUCAAACCUACGGUAUGAAAGAUUUGACAGAACCUCGUCAAACUGUUCGUCGUGCCUUGGUUGUUGUGACUUUUGUGCUCUCUCCACCUAUAGAGUACCCGUAAAGCCUUGUCUUCUAAAUGGGUUGAGGCAGUCCACUUUCCUUCAGUUGUCAGCAACCAGGAGGUUUAUUUUCAGAGGUGAAAACCUUUACUGUUCUCGGGUUCCUUAUGGUCUUGUUAGAGGCUCUUGUGAGCUUAAGUGCUCUACCAAUGAAAGAAAUAUUUGCAAUACAAGUAGAAGAAGUAGAAUAAAGGAAAGAUGUGUUUGCUCAGCCUCACAGAAAGGGAGAGAAAGAGAAGAUUUCCCUUCAUUUGCUUCUGAUGAAUCUGAAUUAGUUCUCAGCUUUUUGAGUGAGGAAGCAGAUAAAGAUGCUACAUGUACCAAAUCGAAGAAUGUGUCUUCAUCCAACAGAGCGGAAGCCAAAAAGAAGACAAAUAAUUUGAGUAGAGAGAGACAUUUCAAUUUGUGUGAGAAAACAAAAACAAAGAAAAAGGGAAAUUUGAAGCAACACGAAGUAUCCUCCAUAGACUUGAGAAGAGAAUGCGAAAUAAAUGACACUGAAAAGGAAGCCUUUGCAAAAGAUGAAAACUGUAAGAAACAGAGAGAUAUGUCUAGCUGUUCAUCUUAUUACACGCUCUCGUCCGGAGAUUUCGAGAGUGACAUGGAAGUGCAGCAUAAUAUGGGUUUGGAAGAAUUUUCACUGGGAUAUGAGGAGGAUGAAGCAAACCGCGUGGAGGGAAACGUAAAAGAAGAAUUCAACAGGCAAAGAGUUGACCAAAAGAAGGUGCACGACAUUUCAAAUAAAGAAAAGAUUGUACUUGGUGCAGAUAUUGAUUGGAAUAUAAGAAAAAAGUCCGAAAAAUUGCUGACUGAGGGAACCUUCCAGGAAACUGAUACCACAAGAGACCACCAAUAUAUGCAUCGAAAAGGAUCUACAAUGCAUGAAUCUGGUUAUGGAAAAGCUUCUAUUUCACAGAAGCAAGUCCACAGUGAGGAAGAUAAUUCAUCUUUUGUAGAACAUUUGGAUAAGAAAACAAACAAGGCAUACAUUCAAACAGGAAACAGAAGAAAGAAUCAAUCUUCAUAUGCACAAGAGUCUGGUCGUGAUGAAAUUGAGACAACUUUAUUAUCAGGAAAAAGAUUCAGUGGCAGUGAAGAGAACCUUGAAAUAUCCAACUCAUCUAAGAAAACAAGUGAUAAACAUGAAAAGUUUGUUGGUUCUACUUCUACCACCGGAACGGAAAGUUUGAAAUCAAAGAAAACAUUUGGUGGCAAGGAAGGGAGUCUUGGGAUAUCAGAAACACGUUUGCAGGAAAGAGGCGAUAAACAUAAAAAUUUUAUUGGUUCUAAUUCUACCACAACAGAGGAUGUAAUAGAGAGAAGCUCCCAAAAUUAUAUAGGAAAUUUUAAAAUUGAAGACUCUGAAAGGACCUCUGAUACUAGGAUGAAGAACAUGGGAGAGAAAAAGAAUUCGAUUUUGAGUUCUGCUCAGGGAGUGGAGUUGCAACACCGUAAAGGAGAGAAGACCAUUGCACAUGAUAAAGACAGAAGAAAAUCCCAACUGUUUUCUGAAGAAUCACAAGUUCAUGGGAGUCAUGUAGAAGAUACAUCUAUCCCGAUGUCUAAAACUAGUGUGAAGAACCAAGAAGAAAUAUCAUACUUAAGUUCACAUGAAAGGGAUACACGACUCCAAACUGAUAGGAGGAGAACUCAGAGUGUCCAACAUAGCAAAGGAUAUGAACAUUUCAGCACUUCAUCGGAAGGCUUUGACAGUGAUGAAAAGCAAGUUUCAAGUUCUCAAAUAACUUAUGAGAAGAUGAGACUUAUGCCAAAAAGUAAAUCGGCAUCAGCUGUUAAAACUAGAGAAAGUUCUUCCCAAACUGAAGAAAGGAUUUUUGAAUUUGCUAAUGACCACCAAAGAUCUAGGAACCCUUCUUCCCAAACGGGUAGAGUUUCAGCUCAUGUUGAACAACCUGCUGGGUUUGAAAGCCCUGAUAUCUACCUUGAAGUUUCAGAGAGUGGCUCUUCUGCUUUGUAUGGCAAUUCGGGAAGAAGUCCUGCUAUGUUUUCAAGAUCGCAUUCCCAAUAUGAAAGUGAUAAGUCAUAUAGUGAACCUUCUAUUUUCAUGACUCCAGAGGAUGUGCUUGGUUCAGCUAAUCGUUUAGAGGAAUCAUCAAAACAGUUUGUUGAUGAGUUUGUGGAGAGGGUCAGGCAUGAAGUCACAACUUCAGAAAGACAACAGGAGAUAGAAGUUGCUGGAACAAUGUUGGCCUCUGAUGUUGAGGAUAAUCAGAUUAACAGUUCAAGGCAACAAGGCACUCAAAAUGACUCUCAGUCAAAGAGUCAUGAGUCCAGCCAUUCCACUGGGUUUCUGGGCGCCAAAGGGAUUUCUGAUGAAAUGUGGGAUGUAAAAGAACCAUCUGUUGGGCAUGGUCUAUCAUCUGAAGAACCAGAGAUCAACAAUGAAACUGCAAAACCAAUUGUCAAAAGAACAGGAAGGUCCAUGUGGGGUAUGCUUUCUGAUAUUGUUCAAUUACGUUGGAGUUCACAUGCUGGUUCCUCCACUUCUUCUGGGAGAUCAGGUGACAGAAACUCACCAAACAAAUCUGACAGUGAGACAUGGCAUUCUGGGCAGGAGCGUGAGGAAACUGGUAAAAGUGUGCUACCACAAGCCAUGACUUCUGAUAAAUCAAAACCAGGUACUCAUUAUACCCAAAGUGAGGGAGAUGUGUCGGACACUAAAAUAUUGAAGGACAAAGGAAAACAUAUUGAAGUUGGAUCAUCUUUUCCAAAUAAAUUGGAAAGUGGAUCAACAUCAAAAGGCACCCCAUAUGCUGGAAAGGAAUUUUCUAGUCGAACUGAAAAUGAAAAAGAUUUGAAAGUCACUACUUCUGGCUUAAAAAAAAUGCAGUCACCAAAUCCAUUAUCUGUUAGAGGGCAACCUAUUGCAGUAGAAAUUGUAAAUAUCGGUGGAUCUGACAUUUCCAGAUCUGAAUCAGUGAUGCCGAUAAAAGAACCUGUUGCUCCAGUGAAGACUGAAAUGUCUGGCUCAGACAGAAAGGAUGGAGAGUUGAAACAACGGAAGUUUCAGCGGAAAGGUCAGGUUUCAAGAGAUAGGUUCGAUGACUGGGAAGAAACCUAUAAUGUUGAACUUGAGCAGCGACGAACUGAUGAAUUGUUCAUGAAGGAAGCACUUUUAGAAGCCAGAAAGGCCGGUGAUACUUGGGAGGUCCCUGUUGGUGCUGUUCUUGUGCAGCAUGGAAAAAUUAUUGCAAGAGGAUGCAACUUAGUAGAAGAGUUACGGGACUCCACAGCUCACGCAGAGAUGGUCUGUAUACGAGAAGCUUCAAAACAUCUCAACUCAUGGAGACUAUCAGAAACUACACUUUAUGUAACGCUUGAACCCUGUGCAAUGUGCGCUGGUGCCAUUCUUCAGGCAAGAAUAGAUACUGUUGUGUGGGGAGCUCCCAAUAAGCUUCUUGGAGCUGACGGCAGCUGGGUUAGGCUUUUUCCUGAUGGAGGAGAAAGUGUCUCAGAAGCAAGAGAUAUACCUCCUGCACCAGUUCACCCGUUCCAUCCGAAAAUAAAAAUAAGAAGAGGAGUAUUGGCGACAGAGUGCGCAGAUGUAAUGCAGCAAUUCUUUCAAUUGAGAAGGCGGAAGAAGAAAGAAGAUCCACUUCCUAUUACUACCCACCAUCCUUCCAAAUUACUCAAUAAGAUACAAGACAUCUUUCAUAAGAAAAAAGUAAAGAAAAGGAAAACAACUACUCCCUAGGAAUGGAGAUUCUCAAAGCAUAUGCAAGCAUGGCAGUAGCAAACUCCACCUCCAUUGGCGGAGAUGACACAAUAUUCAGAGUUAAGUUGAGAAGAACCCUUUUGGGGAAAAAUCAGCACAUUGAUUUCCUUCUUGAAGAGUAUGUUGGAACUUCACAUGCGAACUCAUGAAAAGGUUGGACCAUUUCAUUUAAUAACUUUAUAGCAACGAGGGAGUCCGAAAAACAUGCCAAUGAUUCUCAAUGAAGUUUAUUAUUGUAGCCAAUGUGACCAUGAAAACCAGUUAUCAAUCACCAUUAUCAGAUCUCACCAAGCCACCAAAACGACCAAUUCCAAGAUUCAAGCCAACUAUUUAGCCAAAUAACGAGUGAAUGUAUUCAUUCAUUCAUAUAUGAAAUAAACAAAAUUUAAAUUGAUUAUUGUAAUUAAUAGCUCUUGAUCACA